CGAGGGAUGGGUUUGUUAAAAAUUAGGUAAAGUAGCAGCAGUAAAAGGAAGAGGAAGAAGAAGAAGAAUGAAGAAGCUUAGAUGGGCAGCGGAUGAAGGAGGAAUAUGGGAGCAAGACAUUUCCACCCCAAUAACUCUCGAAGGAGAGGCUCGCCCAGUCCCCGGCGAGCCGCUCCCACUGGGAAUAUGCCGAGGAACAAAGCUUUCCCGGCCAAAACAGCUUCAUUUCUUCCAGCGCUUCAUGUCCUCGCCAUUCAUCCCCUCCCAUUCCCAUCCCCACGGCUUCUCUCUCCAAAGCGUCCUCGCUCUCCCCUCCCCAUCUCCCAACUGGUUCUGUACAGUGUUAGGUCAAUUCAAUUUCCAGAAGUUUGUGUCCUCUCUCCCCACCUCUCAGCCUGACGCUUCGUCCCUCUUCCACACUAUUACUUCUCAGCUUCGGGAUAAAUCACUGUACGCUCUUGGUUUUUGUUCGGAGCUUUCGUUGACUCCCAAUGACACUUUUCUUUUCACUUCUGAUGCCUACGCUCAUCCCUCCAAAUCUCCCCGUAACAAAGCUAUUCUUCAUCACAAGUUCCCAGAUCACAAUCUGACACUGCAAGCUGUUUCUCCCGGACUUUUCGUUGACGGUUCAGGCAGGUAUUGGGAUGUUCCUGUCUCCACCUCCAUUGACCUUGCUUCUCUUCCUUCCGAGGCUGGUCUCUCUUACCACCUGUGUAUGCAUCAUAAUGCUGGCAACCCUCAGCUUUUUGGAGGGGGGCAUACCCUGGCUGUUCCUGCUGCGCUUCGUCCUGGUUUCUCUUUCAAAUCCUCGUUUUCCUUCAAGCAUAAUGUUGAGAUUUGGAGAAGUAAAGCUCCUAAGCUGAAGAUGGUCCAGCCCUUUGAUAUUUUCCUUUCCAAUCCUCAUAUUUCAGCAUCGGCUAUUGUAGGUGCGACUAUGGCUGCUUAUAUUGGAGAUAAUUCAGUUGGGUACCAACAAGUAGAUCAAUCUCGGAGUUUUACAGGCUUAUCUCUUCAUGCUCCUGCUCUAAAGUCUUCCUUGUUGGCUGAUAUGUUUUCAUCCGUUUCGCUUACUGCUCAGCAUGGUAACUUUCAAAGACUCUUUCUGGAUCUUACUCGAUUUCAGGCACGUCUGGAUGUCCCUUAUGGGAGAAAAUUUAUUACUAAUGCUGCUAAAUUAGCACAAGAUUUUUUCAAUUCUCAACAGCCAUCGAUGGAAUCAGUUAAGGCAAUUUGCCCCAAUGCGACGAUUUCUCUUCAACAGCAGAUUGCUGGACCUUUCAGUUUUAGAGUUGAUUCUGGAGUUGCAAUUGAGUGGAAGAAUAAAGAUUGGGAAAUGCAAGUGCGAGAUCCAGUAUUUGCUUUGGAGUAUGCAUUGCAGGUCCUUGGUUCAGCCAAGGCCAUUGCUUGGUACUCCCCAAAGCAAAAAGAAUUUAUGGUAGAACUAAGAUUCUUUGAGACAUAAAUUAUGUACCUUGUUUUACAUAAAACAUUAAAAAGCUGAAUAGGAGUUGAAGAUUAUUUUUUUCUUGUA